UCAUCCCUGGGAGGAGGUUGCACCCUUUCUCCCCGAUGAGUGGUGCUGUGGACACCUCUCAUGCGUGGUACUGUUACUACCCGCGAAUAGCGUCUCUGCCCCAUGUGAGGACCAUCCCCAGCAAGAUGCGUGAGAAAGACUCCAGCCCUCGGAAAAUGCUGCUUUCUUCUAGCGGACAUAGCUCCCCCAAGCAGGCGGCGGUGUAUCCCCUUUCCAUCAGGAUGCCUGAAGAUGAGCCGCAACACAACGCAGCUGAUGAGAUGCCGUUCGAUCUGUCCCGCAACACACGGUCUGCAGGCCCACAUAUGUCUCCGGCAGGAAGGCCGCCUCCCGGACCGGUUGAUGAGAAACAUGACGAUCAGCCACUUGACCUCCGGGUGGAGCACAAGAAGUUGUCUCUCGUCAUGGUGCGCAGGAGGAUAGAGGACGAAAACCAGAACCUCAUCCUCCGCUCUCCAUCUCCUUACUCUCCACCCCCCGAGAAGGAAACUCAGCAAUACCAGAGAAGGGAACACGAUAAAGAAGAAGGAACACGGCAGCAAACGCCUCCCAACCCUAACAUGAAACCUUCGUCUCCUAGUAUAAACCCAUAUCCCGUUCUCUUCUCGCAUCAACCUCUCCACCCCAUCAUGCUGGAGGCGAUGUACAGGGCCGGCAAAGACGGCCCAAGAUUACCAAUGUCAUAUCCAGUCAGCCCUCCAGGAUACCCUCAACCGCCAAGGCCCUACCCAUUCCUCAACCCCAACUUGCUCAACGGUCAUCAGUCUUCACCCUCUGGAGUCCCUCCUGCACCACCACCAUUCGACGUGUUAAGAUCUCAUCACCAACACCCGGCUCUUCAGAAACAAUACCAUCAACAAGAUCCUCAGCCCAACGGCAUUACACCAAGUCCUGGGGCUGGUAAAAUCAAGGACCGCUACGCAUGUAAGUUCUGUGGCAAAGUGUUCCCCAGGUCUGCCAACCUGACUCGUCACCUGCGUACCCACACAGGGGAACAACCGUACAAGUGCAAAUACUGUGAGCGAUCCUUCAGUAUCUCGUCGAACCUGCAACGCCACGUGCGUAAUAUCCACAACAAAGAGAAGCCUUUCAAAUGCCCUCUGUGCGAGCGAUGCUUCGGCCAGCAGACCAACCUGGACCGGCACCUCAAGAAGCACGAGGCCGAUGGUCCUACAAUUCUGGACGACCGCAGGAGCCCGUCUGUACCCCGAGUUCGGUCAGCACUAUCUCUGACACAGAGCGUCAUUGGGGACGAGUCCUACUUUGAAGAAAUACGUUCCUUCAUGGGGAAGGUAACGACAGAUGGGAGAAUGAUCAGUUCCCUGAAUCAGCAUCAUCGAACGUCUAUUCCUGCACCAGGUUAUCAUCUAAAUCACCAGCCACAUCGGAGUAUGAGUACAGAACCUUUAGCACGACGGUGUAACUCUCCUCAGCCCAUAGACACUCAGAGCAGAGAAAUCCAUGAAGACGGGAAGAGAGGACGGUCUUUUUCUAGUGAUAAAGACAAUUUUUCGUCUCGAUCAUCGUCCUCUUCUUUAGCAGGGUCUUCGCUAUCUCCUCCACGCACUGCCUCCCCUCCUGCCCCACUCGCACCUAAUCAUCUGUCGCCAACGCCCGAAGCACCGACCAGCCCUGAAGAACUGUCCUCGCCUACUAACAACACCUGAGAUACACUUUCCAUUUUAACUUUCGCGAGUCUAGGCGCUGUCUCUCUUCCUCUCUCUGAUUCCGUCGCAGCACUUUGAAGAAAUCGAGAGCAGACCCUGAGGCGAAGUGGUAAACUGGCAGGGCGUGGCGAAAGUGUAGCAAGGAGCUUCUGGUGUCACCACGAGACCCGGAACGAGGUGGGCCCACUCUCCUUCGUAUCAGACCAACGCAAGAAACUAUAGCCCGCAGCGGUUAUAUUAGAAUUCUCCGGUAUGUUUGCAUUUCAGAAAAAGAAGAUGCAUAAUUCAUUAGAAAAUAAAACUUGACGGUGGAGGAAAUAAACGUUGAUGUGAAAGUUAUCAUCUCAUUUAUGAAUUUGAAUCGGAAAUGUAACUCAGCACUAUAAUUCAUGGGCGCCCAUUAGAAUAUCAAUAAUAUUGGGUACCAAAAUGAUUACGGAAUAAAUUAUGAAUAAAUUUUAUACGAAACAAGCAGAAGUACACAUUCCUUUCCGGGGAUAUCGUUGCUCUCCUUGCCCUUAUCACAAUAUAUUUUACUUAAAAUUUGAAAGCGGGAUUAACAGAUUAAUUAAUUAAAGUUCUCCCAUGCAAUUAAAUUAAAAUGUUGAGAAUGAUGUAUUGUAUCACAUCCCAAACCUCUACCGCAACAAUCAUUUGAACCGUAGGCGUUGUCAUAUAUAUGGAGUAAAUUUCAUAAUAAUUUUGGAUGUUCUCUACUAGGGCCGCGGCGGGAAGCUGACAGGUGACAAUUUAUGUGUAUUGCAACACAAAAUUGUGCAAUCACUACAGAUAUUUUCAAAUUUCUAACCAACACUCUUUCAGAAAAUAUUCACGGUUUACUAUACUGAGUGAAUGCUUUAUUACAAAUGCAUUAAGAUAUGUCCUGUCCGAUAUUUUCGGAUCUAUUAGUCGCUGAUUGGGACUGGCCGAACAGCUGGCUCAUCUGUUUAAGAGCUCCGUUAUGAUAAAUACGCGCUAAGAUAAUGGACUUGUUACUUCUUGUAAUCACAACACGACUUACAUCACAUCGCCUGCUAUGCUUCAAGUUCUUUCAUUCCUUCCCAUUUCCCCUUUACAUCUUUGUACUUGAAAAGAUUUCUGUUUCCAUGCUUAUUUUAUCGUGCAUGCAGUUCCUCGCCCCUCUUACCUUUACCUCCAAUAAAUGGCAAUACUUACUUAUGGAGCUGAUCCCCUCUUGAGGAGAAGCCAAAUCUGCAGCUACUCAAGAA